AUAAUUUCGGAAACAUGUGUGGACAAACAUACCUUAAAAAUGUGUAUAUUGGUUUACAUUUAUAUUCACUGGGCAUGUCUCAGGGUGUCUCGCUGAGACUAGGUAUACUGCCGGCAUUAAAAUCAGUGUUGCCGUUUUAGCGCAUUUCGCGCUAGAUAGCGCAAUUCUAGACUCUUCAGCGCUUUUUUUCUCAAUAUAAUGCGCUAAAAAAUAUUUUUCGGAAUCUAGUAGAAAAUUGGAAAAAUUAUUGACGAUCGUAAAUUUAAGCCAAUAAGUUAAUUGCCAGAGCCGUAAAACGUUGGGAAAAUAACGAGCUGGGAAUUCCCCAAAGGGUUUAGUAUUCCCCGACCACAAUGUUAUUGAUGCGUUUAAUAUUUUGUCUCUUUUUUACAUUAAAGUGUUAUGUUAUGACUGUCUCUGAUUUUACUAACAGAGUUCAAUUCUUAAGAAAAAUUGCCACACUUUUAUGUUGCCUGAACACGGUUUGAAGAAAAUGACUAAAACUGUAAAAAAAGAAUCGGCAUCUGGUGAAGGCACACCAACUGCACCCGAACGUAAUGAUGACCAGAAAGAUAUUCAGUUAUUUAAUUUAGUUGAUUUUGAUAAAUGUAAUAAUGGUUAAAUAAAUUCACAUAAAAACACAUCUUCUCUUAUUGCCAUUAAAAAUUCACAGCUAAAAUUUAGCGCAAUUUUGAAAUGAGUUUGGUGCAUUUUUUUCUUUCUCAAACGGCAACACUGUUUAAAAUUUAUGUUGGUAAUACUUGCUGAUGCUUGGAGAAUCCCCGAUUCGAGUUUGUAUAUAUGAAAAACUCCACUAUUGUAUUACACAAGAACUCACCAAGCAAUUAGCAGUUUAUUGUUGUAAGAAUUGGUUGUUUGUUGCAAGUGAGGAUAUAUUUAAUUAGUUAAUUGUGAAAAUAGGUUGACAAUGUCUACUCGAAAGUGUCAGAGUGAAAGCGAAAAACGAAAGCGAAAGAAGGAGUCUGAAGAACAAAAUAAAAAGUUACCAAAGCGCGACGGAAAGGCAGAAAAUGAUGACAUAAGUGGCAAUAUCGCAGGGCCCGAUAACAGUGAAUAUUUAGAUUCAGAGCAACCACAACCAGGAACUUCUCUGAGUGAGUUGAUUACCGGAUCAGAUGUUAUUAAAAGCAUAUGUAGUAAAUCUAUAGUGGAUUUACGUGACUGCUUUCUGGUGUGGUGUUCGCGAAAUCUACGGCAGUCCUUAUUACGGGCCUCUUGAGAUUCCUCCGAAAGUUGCCCGAUUGGAAGAAUACAAGUUCUACAUAAUUACCUCCGUACUAUGUAUCAGGAUUUUUUGCACUGUGACUGGCAUUAAGUACCACGAAUAUAAAUUAAGAUAAAGGGUUCUGGUUUUGGAACAAAGAUUUUCGAAUUUAUUGCAAUCAGUAUCGUAGUCGGAGGAUAGCGUUCUAAAUAAAAUGCUAAAAUUUUUAAUUAGCUUAAUAUCCAAUCCGGUAAUCUGCCCACUCAGUUCCGGAUUCAUAAAGAAUCUGCGGGCGGUAUUUCCAUCAUUAGAGUUCCCAAUAUCCAGGUUUCGUAUGUCUACUAUAAGUCCCAUCUGGUUUUUAAACUUUUAUCUUACUUCUUGCGACCGCUGUUUUACACUAGCCUUUUCUAUAUCGCUUUUAGCUUGCCACUUUUUUAUGUCCAAAUGAUAACAAAUGUGUAACAUACAUUCAAAGGAACGAAUCCAGGCGUGCAAAGUAGACAAAUCGAAACUGUAAUUCUCUUUUUUAACCACUACGUCUUUUAAUUCGCCAUUCAUCAGUUUGAGAGUAGCACCACAGAUAUAACAUUUUUGUGAAGGAAAUGUAUCAGUCAAAGCAUUACAUAUUUUUCCGUCUGCCAUUGGAAGUAAAAGAUUAUGUUUUACCGAAAUUUGAAAACCGCGAUUAUCACAAAGUGUUGGAAGAAGUUGAGAUACUUCUUCCAAAACCUUGUUAGUUUCUGAUGUAGUAAAAUCAGUUGUUUCCUUUGAAAAAAAUAAGCUUAAUUGGGCGACAAUAGAGUGUAGACGAAGGCCGCGGAUUUUGCCAUAAAAUAUUUUGGCUGGCAUCGUUACUCAAUCUCAUUGGAACAAUAGCAAAAACAAACAGAUACUCAUCAGUAGCAUCGUAGUUCUCAAAUUUCUGUAUAUAAGCGCUAUGGCCGGCUUCCGUCACAUCCCCAUUUGCUGAUUAGUGUGAAUGACGGCUUAGAAGAUAUAUUUUAAAUGGCUUGAAGUUUAAUUUCGGCGCGCGUUUCUGUUACCAAGAUAUGCUCAUCUGCAGGGUAACACAAAUUUUUAGACUUACGUAAACUAAAAUAGGAUGGAAAAACUUUAUGUCCCGCCUUCAAUGACCAUUUUCGCGUCUGUUUAUAGGAGUAACGUGCACUUAGAAUCCACAUAAUAAGCUAAUGCCUCAUGACUUGUCAAUUGCCUGCCUUCGCAUGUAGUAUUACCAGACUUCUUUUUUUCUGUAGAUUUCAAACUUUCUUU